AUGAUCGGUUUUGUCACCAAGAAUGCUGACCAGCUUGCAUAUCUUUCUACAUCGACAUCAAUCACAAUGCCCCAGGGAUAUUUUAAUCAUUGGAAGAACCAGUUUGCCAUGGCAACCAUCGAAAUUCUGCAAGAAAACAUGGACAAAGCAUCUACAAGAGUUGAAAUAAUUGAUACUUUACAAAGCUCCCACGUACAAGGACUAGAAGCUAUCCAAAGUGCCUCGAAACAAGCUGGAAAACGAGUACGCAGAAUCCUUGAUUCAGAAAGCGGAUAUAAUAGUGGAGGAGAGGUGGAUAAUGACAAAGAAGACGAAGACGAAAAGCAUACAUCAACAUAUAACGAAUUGGAUGAUGUGGAUAAGUUGAUCAAGUCGUUUCUACGUUAUGUAUUAAUCUCUUCUAUACUAAAUUUGAUUGUGUAA